AUGAGCGCUGCACAGGAUGUCGAGCUCGUCGAGGCCAGACGCGCUGCAGUCGACGACUUUCGUGAUCCAUUGGGGGAGCGAGGCGAAGUAAGACCACCACAAGACGCUGUCUCGGUCGAAGACGUGCCUCCGGACGGCGGCUAUGGCUGGGUGUGCACAGCAUGUGUCUUCAUGCUCAACGCCCACAGCUGGGGACUCAACAGCACCUGGGGCAUAUUCCUAGCCCAUUACCUCGCCCAUUCCACCUUCAAGAACGCGUCUCGGCUCGAAUACGCACUGAUCGGAGGCUUGUCGAUCUCUCAAUCCCUGCUGAGCGCGCCGGCCGUCAACAUUUCCCAGAGAUAUUUGGGCAUGAGGGCCACUCUGCUCAUAGGUACCGUCUUGCUGUUUGUCGCCCUGUUUGGCGCAUCGUAUUCGACCCAGAUGUGGCAUCUUUUCAUGACCCAAGGUGUUUGUUUCGGGUGGGGGCUGGGCUUCACUUACAUUCCUGCCACAGCCACUCUUCCUCAAUGGUUCUCGACCCGUCGCAGCCUGGCCAUGGGAAUCGCAUCCUCGGGUGCUGGCCUCGGCGGCCUGGCCUACAACCUGGCAGCGGGCGCCAUCGUCCAAAAGAUGGGUGUCAACUGGGCUUAUCGCAUUUUGGCAUUCUGCGGCCUCGCAGUCAACACGGUGUGCUCGUUGCUCCUCAAGGAUCGCAACAAGGCCGUCCAGCCUUUGCAGAAUGCAUUCAACUACCGCGAGUACGGGCGAGUGGAGGUGCUGCUGGUUGUGGCCUGGGGAGUGCUGACGGAGCUGGGCUACAUUGUACUGCUGUACUCCCUGCCGAACUACGCCACCUCGAUCGGCCUCACGACGUCUCAAGGCUCAGUCGUCGGGGCGGUCCUCAACCUCGGUCUCGGAGUCGGCCGGCCUGUCAUCGGGUACUACUCAGACGCCUUUGGCCGCAUCAACAUGGCGGCACUGAUGACAGCACUAUGCGGAGUCCUCUGCCUCGCACUUUGGGUACCGGCCAAAUCGUAUGGUGUCCUCAUCGCUUUUGCCUUGACGGCAGGUUGCGUGUGCGGUGUGUUUUGGAACACCGUCACCCCGGUAUUGGCCGAAGUUGUCGGGCUCAAGAGACUACCUUCGUCGUUUGGGGUCAUUUGUCUGGCCCUGGUCGUCCCUACCACAUUUGCAGAGCCGAUCGCGCUUGAGAUGGUCACUGCUUCCGGCUACCUCAGCGCCCAGAUCUUCGUGGGGUUUAUGUUUUUGCUGGCCGGAGUGAGCACCUGGGUUCUGAGGUCUUGGAAGAUCAACCAAGUUGAGCUAAAGGCUGCAAGGGAGCAACACCAGGUCGAUCAAGGAGACAAUGCAGAAAGAGAUGGUUUCUGGUUAACUCCUAGGAUGUUUCUUCGACUGGGCAGGGUCUGA